AUUACGAUUCAAAAUAUUUUAAUUCAAGCAAAGAAAGCAUUGAAAAUAUAGUACUGGCUUCUUUGGAAGAAUAAUAUUAUCAGUUUUCAGUUAUAACAUGCGCUACUGUGAUUACAUAUACACUUAUAAAAUAAAAAUAUUUUCAAGAUGAACUUUAUGCACAAUUUUGAUAAAACUUGAUUCAAAACACCGUGAAUGGAUUAAAGAAAACACCUUACCAUGAUUCUGUAACAAAGAUUUGACAUAAGGAAGGAACGAAAAUGGCACAGAAGCUAGAAAACCGUGCCAAUCUAUUUCGUAUACAAAUUCUCAUUAUAGAUGGAGGCCUGCUUGCUUUAAGAAAUAAAAUUGACCAGACCCUAACUGCACAAGGCAUAACAUUAAGUGCAUGUUUGAAUAACGAAAAGAAAUUAAUUUACAGUUUGAAAAGCAGCCGGAUCAUAACACAGGUACAAUAUGACAUAUUGUUUCCAACGAGUGGUCCAGUCCCAACUACGUCAGAUAUGGACAUCACGCUUAUCAUAUGUCUUUUAAGGAGCCUGAAAUUGUUUGGAUUGAAUAAGAAAUUCGACUGGAACGCAACACCUUUAUUUACCGAUAAAUCAGUUGAGGCAGAUAUAUGUCGGUUAAAAGCUUACCGAAAUGAAAUAAGCCAUAUAGCAGAAACAACUGCAAUACAAGCAAAUGACUUUGCAACUUGGCGGAAUGACAUCGAGCAGAUACUGGUUCGACUAAGUUCUCCACCUCUGAAUAUUCAGCAAAAUAUUGCCGACUUUAAAGAUUGCCCUCUAGAUCCAGACGAAGAGAAAAGGGUACAAGAAGAAAUUAAAAAGUGGAAGGACUAUGAAGCUGAUGUUGAUCGACUGAAAGAAGAAAUGACAGAUGUAAAAGAAAGGGUUACUGAAGUGGAGAAUAAGCAAGAGUUGAUCUACAGACGACUAAAUGAAGGUGUCUCUUCUAUGCAGACGGAGGAGGAAAAAUAUAAAAAACGCAAGAAAGAGCUGAAAGAUGGUUUGAUAACAUUUUACAAAACAAGACACAGUAAAGUUUUCCUGUCGCCUCUUUUUGAAGAGAAAGACACUCCGCUGGUUUCUUUCUAUGUCAGACCGGACCUGAGCUCAAUAGACUCAACAACGACGAAAAGUGAGGACAGAUUACCAGUUAAAUCAUUGUCGGAGAUUUUUAAAACUGAAAAUAAGCAAAAUCUAGAAAUAUAUGUACUCGCUGAUGCUGGAAUCGGAAAAACUGCAUUUUCUAAAUAUUUGGCUAACGUGUGGUGUCAAGCUCAUUGCCAUGACGAAGACAUGAAUAAAUCAUUGUUAAAAAAUGAUAUAGAAUGUAUGCAUGAAUUUGAUUUCUUAUUUCUUGUCUUAUUGCGAGAUGCAGACGAUUUAUGCUCUAUAGACGAGCUCAUAUUUGAAAAGAUUGUUUCAAAUUUGGGUCUGAAAGAAACGCUUUCCAAAGAUGCCCUUCUUGAAAUUUUGAAUAAUGAGAAAUGCGUCGUUAUACUUGAUGGACUGGACGAAUGGACUCAUCCCGAGGAGAAAAGUGACAAGAAAUGUUACAGAUCACCGAAAUCGAUACCCCACAGGAAUGACCGAGAAAAGUGUACAGUACUGACUACCACACGACCGUGGAAAUUAGGUGUUUUGGGUCUAGAUUCGUGUCAAUUAGGAAAAAAAGUAGAACUUACAAAACUAAGUUACGAUUCAGCAUUUACACUUACAGAAAGGAUAUUACAAAGAUGGAAGUCUUCUCGGAAUAAGGAUGCCUUACAAAUUGAAGUAACACAGUUCAUAAAAACAAUUAGUUGGAGACACAACGCUGAGCUUGCUUUUGUACCUCUGCUUUUAAUAUAUAUAACCUGUUUAUGGUGUGACGGUGUUCAAAUAGAGAGUUCAAACUGUGAUAUCUAUAUAAAUAUAGUCGAGCUUCUUUUAUCGAGAACGAUUAAGAUCCAUGGGGAGCUUCAACAAUCCCAUGAACUUUCUUCCAGUGACAUCCCAGAAUGCUUUGCUGAAUAUGAUAACUGUACGAAAUACUAUCCACUUCUGAUGCAUUUAGGGAAAUUAGCUUAUUUAUUCUGUAUUUUAGUGAAAUAA